GAGUAAUGCAACAAAUUUUUUUUGAAAAUAGCCACCAUCCGAUCAUGCCGAGGAAGACAAGAACGUCGGAAAAGGCAAAGGCAGCUGCCGCAGCAGCUGCCACAGCAGCUGCAAAAGAGCUGAAAAUUGUACAGGCUGCUGCUGCGGCAGGCAAAGAAGCACAAAUUCAAGCUGUGGUUAAGGAGCUUGACCCAAAUGCAAAGAAACAGAAUUACCGGGGUCUUGCAAAAGAGUUGAAUAUAAGCCCUUCUACCUUAUAUAGGCGCCUAAAGAAAAAUCAGCAAAACAUAGUCGAUGGUCAUAAGUACACAAAUACCGCAUUGACUAAGGAUGAAGAAAAUGGCUUAAAGCAGUAUAUCCUAGAGGCGGAAGUGUGGGGAAUAAGCCCAAACAAGCGCAGUGUGCAAUCCUAUGCAACGCAAAUCAGGGCAAAACGGGAAAAUCCGCCUGACGAUCCGAUGGUUUCGCUGAGAUGGGUAGAUAGGUUUUUACAUAGGCAAAACCUAUUUACAGGUAUCGCAAAACCACUUGAGGCGGUUCGGUUCGAUGCACAGCAAAAAGUCAUAAAACUAGCUGACUGGUAUGAACGCCUAGAAGAGUAAAUACAUAAGUAUGAAAUCACCUCAACUUAUAUCUGGAACAUGGAUGAGAUAAACAUUAUGAUCGGCUUUGGUCGUAAGGAAAAAGUCGUUGUUUCUUAAAAAAAUAUAUAGGUAAACUGCUGAAAUAAUAUUAAUCGAGACGGUAUCAUACUUAUUAAGGCGAUUAAUACUAACAGCGAGUUUAUCCUACUAUUUAUUAUCGGAAAAGGAUCGACUAUCAUGAAUAGAUAGGUACGAGCUAGGCCUGAUACAGGGUAGGAAAUACAGGCUACACCGACCGGGUAUAUAAAUGACUAUCUUAUAAUAGAGUAGCUUAAGUACUUUAUUAUAUAUAUAACAGAUUUACGUACUAGGCAGCCUACUUUA